UACAUAUUCUGUAAACACCUCAUGCACUAGGCCCCCUCCUUGGGAAAACGUUUCGAGUUACACUGCUCAGCUGGUACAUCCUAACUUCGGCCCGGAACUGAUGCUAACGUUGACCAGGUCAUAACCAGCACAAGUGGGAAUCGAAUCCUUUGUUUUUCCAAAAAGCCUUGUUUCGGAACCUCUAUAAGGAUUAUCAUGGGUGUUUCGAUGAAAUAUUUUGGGGUGUUGUGUCUUCUUUGUGCGGCGGUAUGGGCCGAGGAAGAGUGCGGUGAAUGUAACAGGAACGAGUGUCCAGCCCUGGACACAUCAAAAUGUCUGGCCAACUACAAGAGGGACCACUGCAAUUGUUGUCUGGUGUGUAUGCAGCAUGAGUUACAACCAUGUGACCUGCCCAAUCGUCCCCACCAGUACGGGGAGUGUGGGGACUACCUCACGUGCUCUCCUGUUGAUGAUAACGUCGGCCAGUGUACCUGUGUGAAUCAAGAGGUCAUUUGUGGAUCGGACGGCCUUACAUAUGACAACCUGUGUCAGCUCUACCAGGAGAACGGCAAUCGGGAUGAAGUCGUCAUCGUCAAAAGUUUCGGAAAAUGCAAAACAGAAACAUCAGCUUCGAAGCCAGUCAUCACCAGUGGACCCCAGGAUAUUGUGAACGGAACCGGAAGUGACGUAGCCAUGCUAUGCGAGGCCACCGGAAAUCCACUCCCCUACAUCUUAUGGCUCUUCACAAGGGCAGACGGAACCACAAUCAAUAUGCCAGGAGCUGAUAAAGACGUGUCGAUGAAUCUUCGUGGAGGACCAGAGGAGAACCAGGUGACUGGUUGGUUGCAGGUGAUGAACAUCGCAAAAAAACACGAGGGAGAUUACACGUGCAUUGCCAAGAACACUGAGGGGGACGUCAAUGACACCGGAAGACUCAAGGUCGUGGAAACCAUUGACAUAGCUGAGGAGACUGGAAACGAGGCGUAAACAUGUGACAGUCUGAAACAGUUCGGGGAUCCGUGACGUCAUAAGUACGUUAUGAUUACAAGGAUGACGCCAUUCGCGACCCCGUCAGUCUUUCUUUCUUGCAAUAGAUAUACAGUAUAAUUCUUCGCGCAAUUUUGUUACUUGACUGUACUCAUUCUUAUGGUAUUAAUGCACUUGUAAGAGAUUUAUGGUUUCCAAGUAUGUUUCCAUGGAGACGGGGAUGGUGACGUUCGAUUGAGAAGAUAUUUGUUUCCAUGGAAAUGUCGUGUAAGUCCGAUUGAGACGGGAUGAUAGAGUUGCAAUGGAAACAGAGCUGUUAUGUUUCUAAGGAGACGGGACGAUAUUGUUUCUGUGAAGACCGGAAUUAUUUGUGUCUGUAGCGAUAUGGAUAGAAACACGUGGCUAUGGACAUUGGAUGGUAUCGUUUCCAUGGAAAUGGGCUUGGCUUGUAUCUUUCGGGAUACAGUUUAGUUGUAUAUUACCAUAGACGCGUACAAGACGCUGUCAUAACAUCGGGAUAGUGUUUAUUGAUGGGAAUGAAAGAAUUUCAACGGAAACAGAGAUUAUGAGCGUGCAUGUAUCUAAGGUAGUCACUUCAGAAACAACUUAAGGAUUUUGCGCAUAUUUUCUUUUCUGUUUUGUUAUUUCUAAAUAACGAAUAUAUGUCUUACUUUGUAAUAAUUAUCUGAACAAUAUCUUUUCUCGUUCAGAGAUAUAAUUCUACAAAAUUUGCCUCAGGCUUACAUGUGGUUUGUCAGUGUAACCAAAUCGGUAUGAAUAUGCAUUACUUUAUAUCUGUAAAAAAUAAUUCACAAAUCAAAAAGAUAAGAGAGGUUGCCGUAAAUCUGAAUAUACAGCGUAUACAUAGCAUGUCGUUUUACUUACUAGGGGUGGGCAAUGAUAUUGUAAUAUUCACAUAGAAAUCUGUUAGCUGUAUACUACAAAAUGAUUCAACAACUAUUCAUUCAAGAGUUAUAAAAUGAUGUUACAGAGAUAUUUUUAGAAGUGUAAGACUGAAUCCACAUUAUCCAAAUUAAGCUUGCUUAUUAUUUCAAUUUAUUAUUGAAGCUUGAUGAGCGGAUGAUCACUUUUCGUAUUUUCUAUAUGAAUCAUGAUUAAUGAACUGUAUAUGAGGCUACAAUAUAAAUAAAAUAAAUUUCAGGAAUAUAAUAUAGUGAUAUAUUGCAUUAUUCAUUAAAUAUCGCAAUAUGAAAAUUGCUUGCAAUACCCACCCCUAAUACAUAUAUAAUAAAAUUGUUACGAAAUGCUUCGUUUAGAUAUCUGAAUAUUCCCGUGCCUGUUAUUGUAAACUGUAUUAUUUUUGUCUCUAAGAUUACAGGGUGUUUGUAGCUUAUUUCUGUAUAAAUGUGCUGGUCGUAUUUGUCUUACAACAAAACGUAAAAAGUCUUCCAAAGUGUUACUGAAACAUGGCCAAACAAGUCGAUGUUUCCUUAUACUCUGAAAUAAAAAUUAUUUGACAGACUG